UCUGCAACCCGCAACAUCCAGUUUAAUUUCGACUAUCACAGUGUGAAGGCAUUUAUUCCCGUCAGGUAAUGGUGAUUUUUGUCUUAUGACAAGAUAAAAGUCAAAAAUACUCAAAAUGCCAGCUCCAGUCUUCAAGAAUGGGAUCGUGAAGGAGGUACGAUCCGGGUCAUCAGUAGUUAUCUACCGACCAGGAACCAAAGACUCACCUGAACUGAUUGUUAACCUGGUUUUUGAAGAUGUCAAUGCUCCUAGAUUGGGGAAGAUAAGCAAUGACGGUGAGGUGGUUAAAGAUGAGCCGUACGCAUGGGACGCCAGGGAGUAUUUGCGGAAACUUUUAAUUCGCAAACCUGUUUCAUUCACUAUGAAAGAUGAUUCGCAUGGAACCAUUUACUACCCUGAUAAAGAAAAAAGUGUGACUGAGCUCAUGGUGGCUGAAGGUCUCCUGGAAGUACGAGGCCCAAAACCACAAAAUGAAAAACUUCUCCAGUUGCAAGAAGAAGCGAAAGCAGCAAAAAAAGGAAAAUGGUCCAACGACUCUGUUGUGAAACACAUCCGUCCUCUAAAGAUCAUCGAUAACCCUGAAAAAUUUUUGAAGGAUAACAAAAACAAACCCAUCAAGGCAGUAAUUGAGCAUGUCCAAAGUGGCUCAGUUAUUAAGGUGACAUUGCUGCCAGAAUUUUACUCAACUAUUGUUUACAUCUCAGGAAUAAAGUGUCCCAACAUGCGCCAAGGUGAAAAGUGGGCCAACGAAGCGAAACAAUUUGUGGAGUUCAGAUUGUUCCAGAAAGAUAUUGAAAUAUUCUUCGAGUACACCUACAAUAAUCUGUUGUACGGAUCAAUCAAACAUCCCGCUGGUAACAUUGCUGAAGAGCUUCUGAAAGAAGGUCUCGCAAGUUGUGAUGAUAUGACAAUCAUCCAUGCUCACUCAGGUGUAAGGCUACGUUCUGCAGAAAAGCUGGCCAAGCAAAACAAGUUACGGAAAUGGGAAAACUGGGAAUCAUCUGCCCCUCAGAUCAAUGAGCAAGAUAAAGAAUUUACUGCCAUAGUCAACGAAAUAUCUUGGGAUUGUCUAAUGGUCAAGUUGAAGGACGGAAGUUACCGCAAGGUCCACUUUUCAAGCAUACGGUUUAAACGAGGAACGGAGCCUGAUAACAAGACCCCAGCUGCCCCAGGAGCAAGGAGACAAGACUUCUUCCUUGAUGACCACACAAGAUACGAUAUCUUUGAUUAUUUGCGUCGAAAACUUAUUGGGAAAGAAGUUCAGUGCACCGUCGACUACAUCCAACCUGGUCUUGAAGGCCGACCAGAAAGACAGUGCUGCACAAUAAUUGCAGGUGGAGUGAACAUCGCAAAAGCUCUAGUUUCAAAAGGCCUGGCCUCAGUAGUAUACAGUAAAGAUGAUGAAAGUCGAUCUCCCUUCUUCGAUGAACUGAAGCGCGCUGAAAUGAAAGCCACAAAAGAUAAAGAAAAGGACAAGGACAGUAAAAGUGGGCUGCGGCCAGCCCGUAAUUAUUGCGGGAAUGCCCAAAAAACGAAGAGCCUGCUUACAAGUUUACAGAGGACCAACACCGUUGAAGGAGUAGUCAUGUUUGUUUCAAGUGGUGCACGCUUCCGCGUUUAUUUAACGAAAGAAUCUGCAACUGUUAACUUUGUUCUAGCAGGGGUCUCAUGUCCAAGAGCUAGGAGCACCGCUCCAGGAAACGAAUCUCCUGGGGAGCCAUUUGGAGAUGAAGCAUUGCAGUUUGUGAAAGACAAAAUCAUGCAACGGGAGGUUGAGCUUGAAGCAGAAAAUGUGGAUAAAUUCGGCAACAUUAUUGGAUGGGUCUUCAUCAACAAAGAAAAUCUGGCGGAAAGCUUGGUCGAAGAAGGCUUUGCAGAUGUUCAUGACUCAGCCUUUAAAUCUCAAUACUUCCACAGACUUGAUGCAGCCAAGAAAAUUGCUAUGGAUAAAAAACUGAGACGAUGGGAGAACUACGUGGAGAAAGAUCAUGAAGAAACACCUAAAGAGGAGCCGACUGUACAGGUUGAGCGGAAAGUAGACUAUCAAACAGUCUGCGUGGUGGAAACAACUCCUGAGCUUCAAUUCUAUGCAUUGAAAGCUGACCAGGAGGCAGUAUUAGAAGCUUUCAACAAAAAAAUGAACCAGGACCUGGGUAACUCCGCCUCCGUCCCAGAAAGCUAUAAACCGAAAAAGGGUGAAUAUGUAGCAGCCCGUUUUCCCCUGCGAAAAGGCGACUGGUACAGAGCCAAAUUUGAAAAAAUUUCCGGCAACAAUGCUCAAAUAUUUUACAUUGAUUACGGAAACAGGACCACAGUCAACCUGCAGACGGAACGUUCCUCCCUGGCUCCUCUGCCCAGCGCCUACUCAAAAGAAGACCCAUAUGCAACGCUUUAUGGAGUUGCCCUUACAAAUUUGCCUCCAGCUGAUUAUGUCGAAGAUGCUCUGAGUGCAUUCAAUCAAGCUCUUACGCAGAGUCCAAUCCAAAUAAACAUUGAAUACUAUGACAAUGGUGUUCCGUUUGUAACGAUAAAGGAUGCAAAAGGGGAGGAUCCAAUCAAAGCACUGAUAUCCGAGGGUUUCCUCCGUGUGAAGAAGAACCGCUCGAAAAAACUGGAACCAAUCAUCAAAGAAUAUUUUGAAGCUCAAGACAAGGCUAAAAAAGCUCACAAAGAGUCUUGGGAAUAUGGAGACAACACUGAAGAUGACGCUGAGGAAUUCGGGAUGGGUAAGAAGUAGUCAAGAUCACCAGCUUGUUCCACCAUUCCGGGCACACUUCUCAAAAUUAUGGGAAGAACUGUCAAGUUGUCAUUGACGACCGUGCAGCAUUAUCCUGAUUCGUUUUUGAAAACGUGAAGACACGUUGCUGUUUCUCGGGGGAGGGGGGGUUUCGUUCUCUCAAAAUAUUUUGUUACUCAUCGAAUCCUUUUUUUCCAUCAUUAAACCGUGCAGCUCUUUUUAAAGCUUAUCUCAUUUAAAUCAUUGUAUCUGUAUCAUUCAUUUUUUAUCUCUGUUUCAUCUCAAAUUGUUUUCAGUUGUUGAAAAGUCUAAAAAUUGAAAUAAAUAAAAUUUUCAGGCUAUGGUCACCUUCAGCCCCCUACAAUUUGCGAGUAUGAAGUUGUGUCAUUCUUUCUGUAUGUGAUUAAUCGAAAAUCUACCAAAUUGUAUAGUUUUUAAGAAUACCCUUCGGUAUUGGCAAUUCUCAUCCUCAAUGAUUGGCGUGAGGAUUUUCAACCACUGAAGUUUUAUCUUACAGCAUGGACUGUUGCUCUUUCCUAAUUUACUUUUUACAUGAGUGUAUUCUUUAAUCAUAAGAUCUUCUAAUCGCCUUUAUAAGUUUUUUAUAGUGUAAGGAAUCAUCGUGAAAUUUAAUUUAUUUCAGUUUCAAGACCUUUAGCUUCCUUUUAUAGGAAGUUGUCCUCCAAGCUUUACCUUCCACUUCCUGUUUAAUCAUAAGUUUUAUCUCAGCCCCCAAAAAGGUUUAUUUAAGAUCUACUUAAAUAACUUGAUAGUAAUUUUUUAGUACGGCCAAAGAUAUGGAUUAAUUUUCAUAAAAAUCGCUCUUGCUACCAAUCAUUGAAUCCUGAAUUUUUUUUAAUCCUGCUCAACCUAAGAUGCAUCUAUCAUCAAUGAACUUAUAAAGUUUCAUUUAGGCUGUGUUAUAUUUAUGAGGCCAAGGUGCAUUUAAGUAAAUAAAUAGAAAAAAACUUCAUUUAAGUGACUGUUAAUGUAUUAUUUUCUUGUUGCACCAAGAAGUGACAAGUAAUUCCAACUUUCAAAAGUUGUUGUUAAUUGAAGGGUCAGUUGUAGAAGAUGGUCAAUUAACAAUUAGGAAUGAUUGGUGUAUACGUUGAGGCUCAAAUGAAUAUCAAAAUCUUUCAUGAUCUCUCAAGCUUUUCAAUUUUAUUAAUGCCUACUGGACAUUCCUCUUCAAUUUUGCAAUUGAAUGCGCACAGAGUAUCAGCUCAUCAGUCAUAAUUUCGUCUGACUUGCAAUCUGCGGCUGAAAACAGUCUCUAAAAUCAUGCACGAAUGAAGAAACAGUGCCGGUAUAUGGUCCAUUGUUCCCAUGAAAAUCAGGCUUUCUUUUUCUACAAGGUGUCAAACAUGGAUGUUUGGCAAUGUUCCAACAGAAAAAGUGUAGCCUUUUCAGAAUAACAGUCCAUUAGGGAGCUCAAAUCGUCAACCUUUGUGCUCACUUUAAUUUUUAAACAAUUGUCAGCUUUUCUGAGGAAAGGGAUUUCGUGGCAAAACUCUAUAGUCCAUACUUGUUGUUAACUUCUCUCUCUGCUUGGCCCUUCAAAUACAUAAUUAUUUUUACUCUUUCAGUGCAGCAGAGCAGAAAAGCUUGUAACAGAUUGCAAUCGGACAUUAUCAUGUAUUCUCAUUUUUAUUAAUGCUCAUUACCUCCCUCAUUUCAUUUAUUUUUUUACUGCUUAGCUGUUCGAAAUCAUCUAUUUUUUUUACCCUCCCUUUUUUCUCUAUCAAACCAGUUGUUUCUUAUCAUGAAAAUUUGUUACUUAUUUAUAUUGAGAAAUUGAGAGAAUUUUUGAUGAAUAUCUAUCGUAAACUUGUAAAAAAAAGACGAAUAGUGUUUAGUCUGUACAUUAAUCAGGGUAUGAAGUGUUAGCCUGCUUUGAUCUAAUUUUUUACUCUUCCCUCUGUAAUGUUAUAUCAGUGUUUGUCAGUUACAUUUAAGCGACAAAAAUUGUUGAAUUAUUCUUAAGUACCGGUUUGUGUUUGCAUUUUUCAAGUAUGCAUAAACAAAGGAUUUUUAAAGUAAA